AUGAAGCCGGCAUUCAAGAACAGUGAAUUCUCGCCAACUGUUCCCGAUUUCGUGGAUAUACCAUUAUAUCUAUUAACAUUUAUCGGUGCAAAACUUUUCAAGUGGACACCGAACGACCCAAAAAGCAAAUCGGGCAUAAUACUGCUGGUUAUAUUUUCCGGUUUGACGGUUUACAAUUUCACAAGCAUGAUGCGAUUCAUCCUCUUCGAAAAUUUAGAGACUUUACUGGAUAUAACAGAGUGUAUAUUAUUUUGGGGAUUUGCGCUAAAUGGACUGAUGAAGGGCGGCACAUUGCUAUGUUUUCGACAUGAAAUCGAGUCUAUACUCAAGGGGUUGAUUGUCAGACAUCCGAAAACGAAGGAGGAACGUCUGGAAUUUCAGUUGGUGCCAUACUACAAGACAAUUAACGCAUCGAACAAAUAUCUAUCAAUAUGGCAUUUAAGUAUAACAUCAAUAUUUAUUCUUCAUCCAGUGCUAACAGCGAUAUAUGGCUAUGUAAAUCGUGAGGACGAAAAUGAAGAUUUUGACUAUGUUUUACCCUUUAUGAUGAAUUAUUUUUAUGAUGUAAAUCAUCCGUUACCUUAUGCCAUUUCAUAUUUCAUGCAAUGCUGUAGUGCAUACCAUAUGUCACUGUUGUUCUUGAGUGGCGAUUUAUUGCUUAUCUCUAUGGUGCAAUUGGUAAAUAUGCAUUUAGGAUAUUUGAUAUCUCGCAUUGAGAGCUUUCAACCAACCGGUACGGAUGAUGAUAUAAAAGUGUUGGGACCGUUGGUGGAAUACCACAUAGAGAUAUUGGAUUAUACUGAGCGUAUCGAUAACACCUUCAGCUUGGCCACCCUGCUCAACUAUGGCGGCACAUGUUUGGUACUUUGUCUUAUUGGUCUUCAAAUAGUGCAGGGCUCUGACACUGUGAGUGUUAUAAAAUUUAUCGGUUUUCUUGUUUCAACAAUUGUACAGGUGUAUUUCGUUUCCCACUUUGGCAAUAAUCUAAAAGAUUUGAGCACAGGCAUAAGUGAUGCGUACUACAAUCAUCCCUGGUACACUGGGAAUUACAAGUAUAUGAGAAUGUUGGUGCUACCCAUAGCACGGAGUCAGCGCUAUGCACAUUUAACGGCUUUUAAAUUCUUCGUCAUAUCAAUGGAUAGUUUUAAAUCGCUCUGUACCCUUUCUUACCAAUUUUUUACACUAUUGAGAACAAAAAUUGAGAAUAAUGGUGCUUAA